GCCGCUGCUGCGCCUGCCAGGAUCUCAAUGUAGGGAAAUGACCGCGAGUGACCUCAGAGGAAACACUGGAUUUUAGCGCCGCUUGGUUUCUUAUUGUAUUUCACACAUUUGAACAAUAAUGUGUGUUAGGUUUUAGCUCGACGUCUUCCGGUCAACACCCACGUUUCAUCCCGGGAGCGAUUUGCGGUGUCUCGGUUAGCUGUGCUAAUAUCAGCUAAGCUAAGCUAAGCUAACACAGCGUCCUCAGCCCCCUCCCACCCCAGCUUGUCACUGCCAGCGGCGGGGAUUCGAGGGUUCGUCUCUCGCAGAUGCUAAACUAAGCUAGGCGAAAGACUAGGAGCUGCUGCCAUGGAUAAAGCGAAGUCAAUGAUGGACAAGAAGGGAGCGUCGGGACCCUUUCAUGUCAACAACGGGCAGAGCCAGCGGGGGUGCAACGGCCACGUCGCUGUGGCGGCGAACGGCGGCUGCUGCAGCGGCGCGGGGUUCGGCUCGAGCCCCGGACACAGCAGCAGCAGCAGCAGCGGAGGAGGAGGAGGCGGCGGCUGCAGCUCGUUUGACAGCAUGCACCACCUGCACCGCGACGAGGAACCGGAGUGCAACGGCUCCCCGGCCAAGAGGUGCAGGCUGCGGCGGAGGACGGAGUCGGUGAGACGGAACAGACCCCCCUUCCCCUGGUUUGGUAUGGACAUCGGUGGCACCCUGGUGAAAUUGGUGUACUUUGAGCCGGUCGAUAUCACUGCAGAGGAAGAACAGGAAGAAGUGGAAAACCUCAAGUCCAUCCGCCGCUACCUCACCUCAAACGUGGCUUAUGGUAAAACGGGGGUCCGUGACGUCCACCUGGAGUUGAGGAACCUGACCAUGUGCGGCAGGACGGGGAACCUGCACUUCAUUCGCUUCCCGACACAGGCCAUGCCCCGUUUCAUCCAGAUGGGACGCGACAAGAACUUCUCCAGCCUGCACACAACACUCUGCGCCACCGGAGGCGGGGCCUACAAGUUCGAGAACGACUUCCGAACGAUGGCCGACCUGGAGCUGCUGAAGCUGGACGAGCUGGACUGCCUGAUUCGUGGAUUGCUGUACGUCGACCGGGUGGGCUUCAACGGACACCCCGAGGGCUACUACUUCCAGAACCCGUCAGACACGCAGAGCUGCGUGAAGAAGACCUGCACCCUGGAUAACCCCUUCCCCAUGCUGCUGGUCAACAUCGGCUCCGGGGUCUCCAUCAUGGCCGUGCACUCGCCGAGCGACUACAAACGGGUGACUGGGACCAGUCUGGGAGGUGGAACGUUCCUGGGCCUCUGCUGCCUGCUGACGGGAUGCGAGACGUUCGAGGAGGCGUUGGAAAUGGCCGAAAAGGGCGACUCCACCAACGUGGACAAGCUGGUGAAAGACAUCUACGGAGGAGACUACGAGCGCUUUGGCCUGCAGGGCUCUGCUGUCGCAUCCAGUUUUGGUCACAUGAUGAGCAAAGACAAGAGAGACAGCAUCUCCAAGGAAGACUUGGCCAGAGCCACGCUGGUCACCAUCACUAAUAAUAUAGGAUCCAUUGCACGGAUGUGUGCUGUCAAUGAGAAAAUCGAGCGGGUUGUGUUUGUUGGGAACUUCCUUCGCAUCAACACGGUUUCCACAAAGCUGCUGGCCUACGCCAUGGACUUCUGGUCCAAAGGACAACUACGAGCCCUCUUCCUGGAACAUGAGGGUUACUUCGGGGCCGUGGGUGCACUGAUGGAGCUGCACAAGACAACAGAGGACCCUUAAGGGACGCUGCGUGACAUCAUCGUCCCUCGACAGGACGAUGUCUCCACCUCUGGAUGAUGUGACGUCGUCCACUUUUGACGCUGCUGAAAGGUCCCGUUCUCAGAGGCCACUAAAGGAAUACUGAGCGGGGGACACAGAAACUGAAAAAAGCCAUUUUAAUAAUUUAACAUGUGUAAAUAGUGAUAACCUCUAACGUGUAUCUUCUUAAUUUCCCAAAUAGAGUCGGCCUAUCGUAGAGGUUUUAAUAUUGUGAUCUUUAAUUUAUGGUUUCCUGUAAUUUUCUGCUGCUCUGUGGAUUCCUGUCAGGACGCACGGAGUGUUUCAGUGAUCUUUGUUACGCUGUGUGUGUCUGUGUGCGUGUGUGUGUGUGUGCGUGUGUGAGAAAACCUACUGUAGCAUUACGUCCUGGAGGCGGUGGUGUCCCUGUCGACUAUUUGUGCAACAAGAUACUAUGUCAACACAGAAAUGAAGUUGCUCUCUAAUGAGUGACUGAGCAUGUUGAAGCCCCAGAGACUCACAGAAGCGUCACGUCGCCUCCGGCCGUCACCUGUCGGCUCGCAGACGGACAGAAAUAGACAAACGUUUCAGACAUUUUGGCAUUAGCUGAGACUCGGGAGGCAUUUUGUUGUUGCACAAAAAGUGACCCAGGACACUUCAGUCUUUUUAGGGAAGUGCACUGAAGCCAAUCCUAUUGAGAUUCGUUCAACGCCUGCCUCCUACAGAGAGGAGGCAGAUAAACAGUCUUUAAUUCUCUCUGUGUUGUUCCACUACAAAUGGCCUUUUUGUUUUUUUGUCCGUCUUUCCUCCAUCUACCUUCAGCUCAUCAUUAAUAGUUCAAGCCUCACCUGCUGAGUUCAGUGUCACCCAGCGGGACCAAGACCUUGUCUUCCAAUAGUUUGUGCUAUAGUGGCGUCGUGGAAGUGUCUCCUCACCAGUCGGUCUCAGCGACCCCGGUUUGUGUUUGAAAUACUGUGGGAUUUAGUUUCUCUCUGUUGGGAAUCGUCUUUUCUUUUCCUCUUCGCCUCGUCAGUGUCCAGCUCGAGGACACUUCAGCCGCUCGUUGGCCUGAUUCCUCGUCCUGCAGCUCCUCUAGCGCCCUGCUGCCUUGUUUGGGUGAAGCAUUGUGAUGCGACGAGGCUCUCGGGCUGAGCCAGUGUGAUGCUAACGCAUCAUGUGAAACCGGGCAUUUAUAAAAAGCGCUUGACGCAUAUGCAGAAGAAUGCCGUCACCUGCUGGGAGACAAUAGGGACCAGGAUGCUUGACGGCCUGUGUCGUUCCUCCUGCAAAAUACACAGAUGCAAAUUUGCCAGCAACACAAUCCACUCAGCUUCUGUUUGUGUAAAUGUGCUGAUUGGCGGUUUGUCGUCAUCGUGCUGCUGGUUAGACGACAUCUAGAGAAACAGUGGGGAAGAACUUUAAUCUGUAACUUGCAGGAGACUGUUAAAUGAUCUGCAAACAUUAUGUGGAGUUGCAAUUUUACAUUACAUGCACAUACUAAAGUCUGACGGCUGUAAAGACUCUGCUGCUUCACCCCCGUGAGCUCACGAGACGCUGCCAGUGAGACAUGUUGAAUUCAUUGGGAUGAUAACUGGACCACGAGUGUUGAGUUCAACCCCCCCACACACCUCCUUCACCCUGAGCCUCCACAACAGCCUCUCUUCUCACUGUAAAGAACUGGACCCCCAUCAGCCUGUUGUGUGUAUUUAUUACCUCCGUCUUCUUGCCUUUUACUUUCCACGGAUCCCUUCAGAUCCUCGCUGCUGACACGCUCUGCUUUGUGGCUGUUCUCUGUGUCUCUGAGCCGAGGUGUUGCAGCCCAGCUCUGGACUAAUGAAGGGGAAGCCCUGACUAGCAGGCUGAACGUUAUGCAGGUACUCUGAAUUGACUGACUGCGGUUUUCUCUGAUUAAUGACGUGAGGGAGGUUUUAUCCAAUGCAACUCACUAUAUGUAACAUUUUAAACAGUUAAGCUGGAGAACUUCCUUUUACUUGCGAAUGAAUAAUGGAAUAAUCUCUUUUAGCAGAGAGCGCCCUCUGUAGUUAAAUAUACUGAAAGUAGUUUCUUCCCCUGUGGUUACAUUAAGUCCCUUGGCUUAUUAAAUGCCAACGCUCACGCAGGUAAAUCUGUGGUUUGAUACCAUUUCAAGUAUUUAAUCCUCCGUGUGUUCCAUCGUGAUGCUGCAGAUAUUCUGUUCAGGUGCUUUCUCAUCUAUUUCUCUUAUCCUCAGACUUUGCCUUUUUUCCUCCAGCUCAUGUUUGGAUGAUGUGUCCGUGGCCUCGACCGGUCGGGCGCCGCUCGGCCAUCGGUUAUCUUGUGCCACCUUCUCUUUUAUUCUGAAAUCCCCGAUCUGUUGCCUUCACCGUGUGAUUUAUCCCACGUUCGUGCCCUUCGGUUUCCUGUGUGGAUUCUCAACUUUACCUCAAUGUGUUUCUUUAUGUUCAGGUUUCACUCUUUGCUUUCUGUCUUCCUCUUUUUUUUUGUUUUGCCAUAAUACUGUAACAGAGGAUUCAGUGCAGUUAACACACAUUAACAGUUUGAAGCCCAGUGUUUGGUUUUCACGAUUCUCCUGCUUCAACGUGUUUCCUCUCAAAUCUGACUUUUCAAUGGUUUUGGCAACAGUUUGAUUUGGGAACAAUUUUUUUUUUUUAUCCUGCUUGUGACAAGAAAUGUGAGUGAAUGUGCGUUUCAUGUCAUUUGAAAAUACUUUUGUGGUGAAUUUAUUUUAUUUUCUCUGUUGGCACAAAAAGAACCAGUGUGAUUGUUGAAAUGUAAAACCCUGCUGAUGUGCAGCACUUAUAGAAGUGGAACCUUUUAAAAACACACAUCAUCACUGUCCUGCAGAACCUUUUUAAAAAAACUGAGGGUUUCAACGUUUAUUCUGUGCUGUUCACUAUUUAGCUCAGACCUGAGGUCAGUGCAAUCUGUUAUUGGAAAUAGAUAAAGGAAGACAAACUGGAAACAUUUAAAUAUGAUAAACAAAGUCUGCAGAAUAUUGAUGACCUGUGUUUUAAAGUAGUUUUGUCAUGUUGUUUUUAAAGUUUGCCUUUGUUUAGUGAUGGUGAAAUUACAAGUUCUAACAUCAUUACACUAAUUUGAAACAGUAAAAUCAUUGCUUCAGAUACUUUACUAUUCUUGAACCUAAUAUUGUUCUAAUCUGUUGCUGCAGCUUCUGUGUUUCAAUCUGCAAAAAAACUAAUGAGGAUUUUAAGACUGAGCAUUUGGGCCUAUUGAAGAAAGUAAAUCAGAGAUUUCAAGAUUAAAAUAAUAUUACGAGAAUAAAGAACAUGCUGAACCUGUGAUGCCAGAGUUCCUGGAUCCAAAAUCUUCAAUGUCAGUUUCUUAAACAACCUUUGAAAUCCCUUUUGAAUAUGAUGUUUAGAUUAAAGUCUAAAGAAGAGGCAAUUUCCUCAAGACUGUUUUUGUCUUUCUACAGAAUCAAGUCAUGAUAAUGUUGAGCUGCUGGCCCGAAUGCUCAGUCCUAGAAUUUAUAACCUUUACAUAAACUGUGUGAAUGUUCAGUCGAGGCAGUUUCACAUCUCUAAAGUGUUUGAAACGUUCUCUAUAACACAGAUCCAGUGUGAAGUCUGUCAUCACUUUUAAGCAAUGAUUUCUUUCCCGUUAUCACGAGUGAGGAUGUUUGUUUGUUUUUAAAAACCUAUCUGACGUGACGUGGGGGAUUGAACCUCCGCGACCUGUUGUCAGGUUCACGUCCCAGAUCAGUGUGAAUUUCUUUGGUUUAAAGUACCAGCUGAAUAACAAAGCUAACUUCAUCCAUAGUGGGAUCUAACUAAAAGGCUAUGCAGCAGCACAUUGUGUCCCCUUUAACAAACUCAUCUCUGAACCGUCACAGCUAAUUUGACCCGUUUGUUAAUAUGUGUUUUUUAAAGACAUAUGCAACCCUGUUAGUUUCCUCUGGUUGGAGUCUGGACGGAGAGAUUGUGUCCUGCUGAUUGAGUCGUUAACUCUAUUUAAUGUGGAUGUUUGCAACAGGGUGUGGUCGACUGUAGUUUCAGUGUGAGCGCCCCGAUGGAGAGAAGUUUUGUUUCUUUGAAUGUUUCAUGACGGAGCUCCGCCUUUUUCCAAACUGUGUGUAAAAGUGGUAGUUGGUAUAUUCUGGUGUUUUAUCUUCUCAUAGAGUUACUUCAGGGUAGAUAGAGAAAAGUAAACACAUUGUUGUUUCCAACCUUGUGUCACACACCAGUCACAGUGUUCCUUCUGACCUUGUGACCUUGUGACCUUUUCCUCGUCUUACAUUGUUUCACCCCCCCCCCCCCCCCCCCCCCACUAAAACUUUUUCCGGAGGUCGAACAUCCUGUUGCAUGAACACAUCCACUCUUUAAACUCUCCUCUUGAAUGCUUGACUGGCAGGAAAAAAAAAAACUGUUUCAACCCUUGUGUAUUUAAUUGUACAGAGAUUUUUUUUUUUGUAAAUAGUAUUAAUAUGAUAUAUUCGACACCAGCAAUCUGUCUGUUGAUGAAGUGGAUUCAGCGGGUCAGGGCCUCAGAGCAGACAGAACACGACGCAUCGAGACAAACCAACUUCUCUCUGCAGCUUUAUCACACUUAUUGAAAUCUUAACCAGAGCUGUGGUGAUUGGUUGUUAGAAAAAUACGUGAAGAAAUGUGUGUUGAUUUCCUCUUGGUAGAUGGUUGAUGGGAUUUUUGUUUAGGAAUAGAUAUAUUUCUACAUGUUUUUGUGAUUGUCUAAAGUUCUGCGGCCUGUCUCAUAGGAAAACUUCACAUUUAUUGUCACUUUAAUAUAUUUUAAACGCGUCAAAUUCUGAACUGUGAUUGAGAACUGAAAUAAAAGUCUUUUUAAAGAGGAAUGUUGGUUAAAUUGGACAUUUCCUCUACAAUUUGUUGUGUUUUCUGUCUGCUGGAGAUGGACGCCGGUUCUUCACCUCGGCUUCUCCGUGAUCUGGAUCCGAGUGUGAACCUUCGAGGAUCCCAGUGCUGGUUGUUGGCGUCAGUUCUGCUGCUGCUUUGAACUCUGGUUUGAAAAAUAAAGAAGAAGAAAGGGUUUUUAAAAAAAAAGACGAUUAACAAAAGGCUCCCUGCCUUGUGCAAUGUGUAUGUACUGAAGUGAAGAGAUUUCUUUUUCUUUUUCUAAAAAUGGAUUAAACUAAAACUGGAUGAGAUAA